AUGGCAAUAAGAUCUCCGGCGGAGUAUGCUUAUUUGACUGAUGAGAUAUAUCUUAAGAAAGAACAAUGGGUUUUGUGUUGGGACAUUAAAGCGCAAAGGAACAGUGUAAUGACAGCGAACUACGCCGAGUCCAUAAAUGCGACGCUAAAGAAUAUAAGGGGGCUUCCAAUCACCGCGAUGAUAGAGGCUAUCUUUGACAGGCUCAGCGAUAUGUUCGUCAAGCGUUGGGAAACGUAUAAAGGGAUAAUCGCCAAGGGCGUCUUGGUGAUUACUAGGAAGGAUAAUUUUCGGGCAAAGGGAGGAAAUAUCCAGAAGGUCAACCUUCGAAGAAUGAAGUGCACGUGCAGUAAGUUUCAACACCACCAGAUCCCCUGCUCCCAUGCUAUGACAGUCAUUCAACAAGAAAAGUUGAACCCUCACGACUUCAUAGGGUGGCGGUACCAAACCAAGAACGCCAUACAAGCAUGGAAUACUCAGUUUAAUCCAUUACCUCCCGACGAGAUGUGGAUUGGUUCUCGAGAGGUCCCAUUUAUUCCAAAUGCUAACUUGAUAAUAUUAUAG